AUGAUAAGCAGAACUGACCUGGAUCACUUUUUCCGCAAACCAGGCCCCAUUGUGCACCCUCAACAUCCAGCUGCGCAGCAGUACAGCAACGCCAAUAUGCAGGCCCAGCAGCGCGUCGAGGCCGAGCGCCGCGAGAAGAUGCGCCGAAUCGCAAAGAACCCGACCGAUAAGAACAUUCCCGAGGGCGUCGACGACGUGUGCAUUGGCGACGGUGUGGCCCGCUACAAGGAGCUGCGCGAGGUCGAGCGCACCUUGGACGCGACGAUGAUGCGCAAAAAGCUAGAUGUCGUAGACUCGAAACAUCAUUCGCGGGCGUCGCGCUACGGGACCAUGCGCAUAUGGAUUUCGAACACAGUGGACAACCAACCCUGGCAGAGUAGUGGCAUCGAUGCGGACGCCUUUGACUUUGAGAGCGACACCAAUGCUACUUAUCGCGUUAAAAUCCAAGGCCGGCUUCUUAAUGAGCAGGGCGAUGAAGGCCUCGAGGACGAGGAUGACAAGGAUACUGAUGCCAUGGACGAGGACGGCGCCGAAGACUCGAAGCCAGCCCCCAAACCGAAGGUCUUCUCACAAUAUUUCACUUCCAUGACUAUCGAUUUCGACCGCGCCAAGAGCUUACAGCCGGACAACUUCACCCAGAUUGAGUGGAAGCGGCCCGAGAAUCCCACCGCGAAGGAGAGCAACUUUAGUGAACUAGAGUUUGAGCGCAAGGGCGACGAGAAUAUCAACAUCACUAUCAAUCUGCAACGAUAUCAGAACCCAGAAGUAUUCCGACUGAGCAAGUCACUCGCUGAGCUACUCGAUACCGAUGAGGAGGACCGCGCUGGCGUGUUGAUGGGCAUCUGGGAGUAUGCAAGAUCACAGCAUUUGCAACAAGACGACGAUGAGCGCAAGUUUGCUUGCGAUGCCAAGUUAAAGGCGCUCUUUGGCGGCCAGGACUCGUUCUACUUCCCAAACCUGCCACAACUGAUCAAGCCACACUUGACAACGCUUCCGCCCGUCCAACUGCAGUAUACGAUACGUGUCGAUAAGGACUACAUCACACCAGCAGCUGAUUCUGGCAAGACCGCCUCAGAGCCGACCAUUUACGAUGUCCAGGUAGCGCUCGAAGACCCGAUGCAGCCCCUGUUCCAAGAUAUCCUACGCCGACCGGAUAGUAUCCAGACUUUGCAAGAUAUCCAGAAGAUAGACGAGCAGCUAGUGCUACUCAUGGGUGCGAUUGGCCAAUCGAAAGCCAAGCAUGCGUUCUUUACUAGCCUGUCCAAGGAUCCGGUAGCAUUCUUCAAACGCUGGCUAUCUAGUCAGAAACGAGACCUAGAGGUUCUGCUUGGUGAAGCUACUCGAGGAGGAGGAGAAGAUGCUUCCGGCGAGGAGUGGAGACGAGGAGGAGCGGAUGGCGUCUGGGGUAGUGAGGUUGCGAAGGAGAGCGUUGCGCUGUGGCUGGCUAGAUCGAACAUCAAGCCCCAUUAG